AUGAAAACUAGAAAAAUUUCGGAAUUAAAGAAAAUAAAAAAAAAAAAGAAAAAAAAUAUAAUUGAUAAUAAUUUAAAAGAAUUUUAUAAAAAUAGUGAAAAUAAUAUUACUGAAAAAAUUGAAACCGAAAAAAUGGAUACAAAAGAUAAGAAAAUUUCAAAAAGUACAGAAAUACAUGAAAUCUAUAUGAAAAAUUCAACAACUAAAAAAAAACAGUUAGAAAAAAAUUUAAGAAAUUUAGAAAAAUUUAAGAUUUUAAAUGAAAAUAAAAAUGAAGAAAAUAAUAAUAUUAACAUAGAUAUUAACAAAAUAAAAGAAAUAAAAAAUUUUUUUAAUAAAAAAAAUGAUAUGUAUAAAAAUAAAAAAAGAAAAAAUUCUCAGGAAGUUAUUUCAGUCAAAUUCAAUGAAUUCAAAAUAGAUAAGAAAAAUUUUUAUGAAAACAAAAAAAAAAAUAGUGAAAAUGAUAUAAAAACUCGAAAUUCAUCAAAGAAUAUUCUAAAAAAAAAAAUGGUCGAAAAUGUUGAAAAGGAAAAUAAAAUACUGCGUAAGUUAUUGAUAGAAAAAAAUAUAAUUGAAGAGAACCUAUCCAAUAAUUUAAUAGAAAUACAUAAAGAAAAAUUGACUAACGAUGAAAGAAGAUUGAAGAAUUAUGUGUUCUCUAAAAUGACUGAAAACGAAAAAUCAAAAAAAAAAAAAGAUAUUAUGAUGAAAAAAAAAAGAAAUAAAAAAUUUAAGUUAACGGAAAUUAGAAGGUAUAUAGAUACAAAAAAAAAAGAGAAAAAUUUAAUUGAAGAUGAUAUAUUUAAAAAUAUUGAUGAAAUAAAUGAGAAUAUAAAAAAUAAAAUAGAAAUAAAUAAAUUAAAUAAAAUCAAAUAUAAUCAUGAUAUUGAAAAAAAAAAAAAAAAUGAAAAAAAUAAAAAAAAAAUAACUGAUAAGAUUGUUGAUGUAAAAAGUGAAAAUAAUAGCAUGUAUGGAAAAGAAAAGGGAGAGAAAAAAAAAAAAAAAGGAAAUUUAAUAGACAAAAAAAAUGAUGAAACAAAUAAUACAAAAAUUAAUAAAAUUUUUAAAUCUUUGAGAAAACAAAUUAGAAGUAAGAAUAAAAAAUUAAACUUCAUUGAAGGUUCAAAAAUGAAAAAUAUAAAAAAUAAUAAUAAUAUUAAUGGAGAAAUAAACUUAAAUAUAAUUAAACCAAUUUUAGAUAAUAAUGAAAAUGAAUUGCAUUUGAUAAAUAAAAAUGAUAUUGAUAUCAAAAACGGUUUAAAUACAAAAAAGAGUGAAUUAUUAAACUUGAAAAUUUUUUUAAGAGAAAAGAAUAAAGCUAAUGAGGAAGAAGAUCAAAAAGAGAAAAUUAUUGAUAAGAGAAAACAAUAUCAAUUAAAGAUAGAUGAUGAAAAAGACAACAGUGAAAUGGGAAAUAAUGAAUUAGAUAAAUUAUAUAAAAAAAUUAAUAAAAGGAAAAUAAAAAAAGAAACUGAGGAAAUCUUCAAAUAUGAGCAAGAUAAUAAAAUUGUUAAAUUAAUUUCUAUUUCAAAAGAUAUUUCAAAAAAUAAUAUAAUUAUAAAUAAUGACACGCAUAAAUCUAAAUAUCUAGACAAUGGAAUAAAAAGCAAAUUAGAAAAGUUAAAAAAUUCUCAUAAGAAAAAAAAUAAAAAAAAAAUAUAUAGUUUAAAUUUUGAGGAUUUGUCUGUAAAUGAUAUUGAAAAAAGGAGUGAGAAAAAAAAUAUCAUAAAAGAAACUAAAGAAAACGAAAUAGAAGAAGAAAAUACAAAAUUAAAAAGAAAGGAGAUUGUUAAAAAGAAGAGUGCUACAUAUAAAGAAAAUAACGAAAAAAGUAAGAAAAAGGGUAAUAAAGAAGAAGAUAAUGAGAGGAAAAGUUUUAAUUAUCAAAUUAAAAAUAUUUUUAAAGAAAUAAAUACAAGAAAUAAUAAGAAGCAAAGAUUACAAGGGAAUACUGUUCAAAAUAUAAAUAAAAGACCAAAAAAAAAUAGUAAUAUUCUAAAUAAAAGCAAUUCUUUAAUUGAAAAUAUACAAAAUUUAAUAUCAAAAAAUGAAAAUAAUAUUUUGACAUUUGUUUCAUUAGAAAAUGAAACGAAAAAAUAUAGUGGGAAUAUUAAAAACAUUAGUAAAAUAAAAGAAAUAAUUAAUGCUAAAUCAAAGAAAGAAGUCAAAAAGGUAAAUUUUAAAAGUAAAAAUAUUAAUAAAAAAGAAAAAGAAAUAGAGAAAAGAAAUAGAAAAGAAAUAGAAAAAGAAAAAGAGAAAGAAAAGGAAAAAGAAAAGGAAAAAGAAAAGGAAAAAGAAAAGGAAAAGGGGAAAAAAAAAGAGCGAAGUAUAAAAAUAUAUUCACAAAAAAAAAGAAAAAUAAAUGAAAAAAGAAAUUCCUUUUUUGAAAAAUCAAAAAAAAAUGCAAAUAUGAAGCAAAAAGAAGUAAAUGGAGAAAUUGAAGAAAAAAAUGAGGGAAGAGUUAUCCAUAAACAAUUAAAGACAAAAAAAGAGAUAGAAAGAGGAAAACAGAAAGAAACAGAAAAAUCCAAAAGUCAGGAGAGAGUUGCAGAGAGAGUAAUAGAGAAAAAAAAGAAGAAAAACGAAAAGGAAAUUGAAGUGAUACCUGAAAAAGAAGUAAAAAAAGAGAAGGAAGUAGAACAAAAAGAAAAUGAGGAUGAAGAAAAACAAGGAGAAGAAAGAGAAAAACUAAGUGAAGGAGAAGGAGAAAAACAACAAGAGAGAGAAGAAAAAAAACAAGAUCAAGAAGAAAAAGGAUAUGAAGAAUUAGAGCAAGAAAGAGAAAAAGAGAGAGAAGAAGAAGUAAUAGAAUCAGAAGAAAGAGAAGUUGAGAUGGAACAAAAAGAAAUAAAGCAAGAAAAAGAGGAUGAAGAGAAAGAUGCUGAAGAAAAUGAAGAAAUAUCAAAAGAAAAGAAACAAAAAGAACAAGAAAAGGAAAUAAAAAAAGGAGAAGUAAAAAGAGAGGAAAUAGAAAAAAAAGGAGAUGAUGAAAAAGAAGAAAAAGAUGAAGAAGAAAAGGAAAAGAAAGAAAAAGAAAAAGAAAAAGAAAAAGGUGAAGAAUAUGAUGUAGUGGAAACAGAAAAGGAAGAAGUAAAACUAAAGAAAAAAGUACAAGAAGAAGAGGAAGAGGAAGAGGAAAAGGAAGAAGAAAAAGAAAAAAUUGAAGAAGAAAAGGAAGAAGAAAAAGGAGAAGUAAAGACAAAGGAAAAAAUACAAGAAGAAGAGAAAGAAAAAGAUGAAUCUGGGGAAGAAGAAAAAAAUGAUGAAGUAGAAGAAGAAAAGGAUGAAGUAGAAGAAAAAGAUGAAGAAAAAGAAGAGGGAGCUGAAGAAGAAGAAGAAGAAGAAGAAAAAGAAAAAAAAGAAAAAGAAAAAGAUGAAGUAAAAGAAAAAGAGGAAGAAAAUGAAGAAAAAGAAAAAGAUGAAGUAAAAGAAAAAGAGGAAGAAAAUGAAGAAAAAGAAAAAGAAAAUGAAAAAGAUGAAUCUGGGGAAGAAGAAGAAAAAAAUGAUGAAGUAGAAGAAGAAAAAAAUGAUGAAGUAGAAGAAGAAAAGGAUGAAGAAGUAGAAGAAGAAAAGGAUGAAGAAGUAGAAGAAGAAAAGAGUGAAGAAGUAGAAGAGGAAAAGGAUGAAGAAGUAGAAGAAGAAAAGAGUGAAGAAGUAGAAGAGGAAAAGGAUGAAGAAGUAGAAGAAGAAAAGGAUGAAGAAGUAGAAGAGGAAAAGGAUGAAGAAGUAGAAGAAGAAAAAAGUGAAGAAGUAGAAGAGGAAAAGGAUGAAGAAGUAGAAGAAAAAGAAAAAGAAGAAGAAAAAGACAAAAAGGAAAGGAAAAAUCAAGAUGAUAUAGAUGAAGAAGAUGAGAUGGAAGAAAAAGAUGAAGUAGAAGAAAAAGAUGAAGUAGAAGAAAAAGAUGAAGUAGAAGAAAAAGAUGAAGUAGAAGAAAAAGAUGAAGAAAAAGAAAAAGAAGAAAUAGAAGAAAAAGAAAUAGAAGAAGAAGAAGAAGAAAAAGAAGAAGAAAAAGAUGAAGUAGAAGAAGAAGAAAAGAAAGAUGAAGUAGAAGAAGAAGAAAAGAAAGAUGAAGUAGAAAAAGAAGAGAAGAAAGAUGAAGUAGAAAAAGAAGAGAAGAAAGAUGAAGUAGAAAAAGAAGAGAAGAAAGAUGAAGUAGAAGAAGAAGAAGAAGAAGAGGAAGAUAAGAAAGAUGAAGUAGAAAAAGAAAAAGAUGAAGUAGAAGAAGAAGAGAAAGAAAAAGAAGAGAAAGCUGAAGAGGAAGUAAAAGAAAAAGAAAAGGAAGAGAGAAAAAAAGAUGAAGCUGAAGAAGAGGAAGAAGAUGUAGAAGAAGAAGAAACAGAAACUGAAACAGAAACUGAAACAGAAACAGAAACAGAUACAGAAACAGAUGAUGAAGAAAUAGAAAAAAAAGAAAUUGAACAUAAAAAAAAAAAAGAGAAAAGGGAAAAUGAAAUUACACAAAAUGAUGAAAUAGAACAAGAAAUAAAGGAAAAAGAACAACAAAAAAAUAGAAAAUCAAAUGAUGAAGAGGAUAAAGAAACAGAAAGAGAUGAUAUAAGUAAUGAAAAAAGAGAAAAGUCAGAAGAAGGGCUAACUGAAGGGAUGAAAGAAGAUAAUAAAAAGCAAGAAAAUCAAAAUAAAGAAACAAAAUAUGAAGAAAAAAACAUAUAA